UUUGACUUCCGGUAUUAGAUGUUUCAUGUCGAGACAAGAAUUUCAUUAAUUAUUCAAUGAAUUAAUAAUUAAUUAAGAAAAAGAUGCUGCUGAACAUAAGUGUUUAGUUGUAAUAUUCCCCACUGCAUAUUCACAUUAUAGAAUUUUGUAUCGAAUCGUUCGUCAUACGUAACUAUAAGCAGUUGAAAAUUUGUUGACCCUAAAACAUGGCGGGCGUGUUAUUUGAGGACAUAUUUGAUGUGAAAGACAUCGAUCCUGAUGGAAAGAAAUUCGACAGAGUUUCGAGGCUGUUUUGUGAGAGCGAGUCGUUUAAGAUGGACCUCAUUCUGGACGUGAACACUCAGCUUUAUCCGAUGGACCUCGCGGACAAGUUCCGAAUGGUAAUAGCUGUUACACUGAACGAAGAUGGUACUCCAGCUGAUAAUGAGUUUAACCCCACAGACACAGGUCCGUCACGUGCUGAUAGCUUCGAGUAUGUGAUGUACGGAAAAGUGUACCGUCUUGAAGGCGAUGAUGGAUCCGGGUCAGACUCGUGUAGACUGGCGGCCUAUGUGUCUUAUGGUGGUUUAUUGAUGAGAUUACAGGGGGAUGCCAACAACUUGCAUGGUUUUGAGGUUGACUCGCACGUGUACCUGCUGAUGAAGAAAUUGGCGUUUUGAUUGGUUGUUGAUUGUUGUUAUGUGUGAUUGAUGAUUGUACAUAUGUACUUAAAGGCAUGCUUGCCUAUUGCUUGAAUGUUUUGUACAUGAAAAAUGUACGGUUGGUUUAAGUGUAUGAUCAUUUGCAUAAAAUGAUGUAAGAAAUGUUUGAUGGUUGGGUUGGUUUGUGAGUGUGAAUAAAAGGAUUUGCAUGCCAGUUAUGAGUGAUUGAGUGAGUGAGUGAAUGAAUAAAGUGAGAUCACUGCCAAUAUAUGAGUUGAAAUUGUUGCAUUUUUAAUUUUUUUCUUCUUUUUAUUUGAUUUGGAUACUUUCUGGGGGGUUAAAUCUAAAACUAAUAAACCAAGCGUAGUUGAUACAGAAGGGUGAUUUGUGGGAGCUUAGUGAUUGUUUGAUUGUAAUUCUGGUCGUCUGUUAUUAUAAGUUUCUCUCAGGUAAAAUUUUGAAACUUUUUGUUUGUUUAAGUGGGUAUGUUCAUGAGAAAGUAAAUCAAUCUUGGUGCCUUCUAACCAAGGGAGAUAAUAGUAAAGUGGAAUGGGAAAUAACUUGUUAUUUAGAUCAGUUAGAAAAAAGGAGAUAAUUUCAGUCAAAGAAACUGCUAUUUUUGCAUUUAGUUUAGUCUGUUUACAAAAUUUGGUGCAUUACAGUUAGUAACAGCAAUAUUAAAAAUUUUAUUUGCAAAAACUUAAAAUUAUGGCUUUAAUUUUGAGACCAAACGUUUUGAAUAUAAUGCAAGAAGUGCUAUUUUUUGCUGCCAAUUGUUUGGAUAUGUUGUUUAAGUAAAUAUUGUAAAAAUGAUGGUUAAGGAAUGAUUCUUGUUUUGAAUGAAGAAAAACAUGUUGUUUUUCAGUACAAUGUGAAUAUGAAACUUAGUAAAUAUGGUUGUAUAAGAGAGUGUGUCUGAAAUAAGAGGGUGUGUCUGUGACUUGGAGGGUGUGACUGUGAAAUAGGAAGGCGUGUCUGAAAUAGGAGGGUGUGUCUGUAACAUGAUAAGCUAAAUCACUGCCAGUGAAGUUUAGUUUCUGUACCCGUUAAUGAGGUUGGAGGCUUAAGGUUGGAUUUUUUAUAUGAACCAUUGUAUAUAUGCUACGAUUGUCAAUUUGUAUAUAUGUUAAAGGUGACUGUGUAAAAGAUUGUUGCAUUCUUUAUAUAUACCAUAUUUGAUAUGGCUAUGUUUUGGUUAUGUUAAAAAGAUUAUUCUUUAACACUUUGUAAAAAUUUUUUUUUAUAAAAGUCAUUGUUCAUUCAUCCUAAAUUUUUUAAGAAAUGUUAAAGAAUGGCAGUUUUUUCAACAAAAACAAUGCCUCAUUUUAAUAAUUAUGCUCAGAAAUAUCCAUCAUGGAACACCAACAUUAAUUAACAAGAUUUUAAAAAUCUUGUUUUAUCAUUUUCAAAAAAAAAUCCUCUUCCCAUAAUAAUCAUGAUCAUCACCAUCAUCAUGUAUUCUUUGAUAAAAAAGAUGCUAUUUUUAUGACGUCAAUGCACCUGUUCUUUCAUUAGAGGAUACUGGACAGAUGCUGGUUGUCUUGAACCGUUUUUGUUGACAUAAAUAUUGAAAAAGAUACAAAAAUAAAAAUGAUAAAAAUAAA